ACAUGAUGAGGAAUGAGCUUAACCUUUGUGGGUUCACCAUCAUUUAUGCCUGUCAAGUCCUCCAGGUCACAGCCAUUAAUCAAAUCAAUUAAACUUAAUACAGCAUAUCAGUUGUCCCUCAUUAGUAAAAACCCCUUAAAGAUGAACACUUUGGAUUACCUGCUGACCAUCAACAGAGUCCUGGGUAUAUACCCCAGCGGCAAAAGGGGAAUCCUUCGGUGGAUCCAUUCCUUGUGGUGCCUGUUGUUACUCAUAUACAUCUGGACCAACAGCAUCAGAAGAUGUGUGGAGUUCAAGGGCGAGAUAGCGACAAUUGAGAAGAUACUGUAUUUGCUGGAGUUCCCUGGCAAUAUGUCCGUAAUUGGUUUCCUGGCAUAUUAUGCUAUAGUGAAUAGUUCUUGUCUCCAAGAAGUGGAAUUUGAGAUUAAUCGACAGAUCAAUAGACUAGAUGCCAAGGCAGUUAAACUUAUAUACAAGAGACAGGAUCAAAGGACUCUUCAGUUGAUCGUAACCUCUAUCAUUUUCCACGGACUCUGUGCAGUUGUGGACAUUAUCACGUGUAAAUUUGAGUUUUGGACCACCUGGAUCAGUAAUAGUAUAUAUAAUCUUCCCGGCUUGAUAAUGAGUCUGGGAUUGCUCCAGUACGCUCUCCCCUUACACUCUCUGUGGCUCCUUUUGGAUGAGAUUAGGAAGGGAUUGGAAGACAUUAAAUGGCAGCAGAGACCACCAGGGGGAAUAACCAAAUUGGAUGCGAAAUAUGAGUCCGCCUUUGCCGUUUUAGUGGAUGCUGGAGGUGCUUACUCAGUACUGCUGGAGGAGAUGUGCUCCACUUGUAACCACUUGGAUCUGCUUCACAGGAAACUCUUGUCCCGGUUUGGAAUCUUCCUGCUCUUGAAUUUGGCCAACUCUUUGGCUAGUUUAUGUGUGGAGGUCUAUCUGGUUUUCAAUUUCUUUGAGAAUCCCCAGCUGGACGAGAGUAUGCUGCUCAUCUAUCGCUUGCUCUGGUUACUCAUGCAUGGAGGACGCAUUUGGUUCAUUAUGGCAAUUAACGAAAAGAUCUUGGAGAAGAAAUGCCAGCUUUUUCGUUUAAUCAACGAACUGGAGGUGUGUAGUUCUCACCUAGAACGUACUAUUAAUCGAUUUCUCCUGCAACUCCAGAAUAGUUUGGCUCAACCUCUGCAGGCUUGUGGAAUAGUGCCAUUGGAUACGCUGGCCUUGGGUGGGUUUUUUGGUGUGCUGAUGGCCAUUGUCAUUUUCCUCAUACAAAUCGGACUGGGCAAUAAAUCGCUAAUGGGUGUGGCUCUCAACAAAUCUAAUUGGCUUUAUAUAUAA